UUUUCUUAUCCUAUCAUUGAUUUCCCCAAAUUCCGCUCGUGCGCAUUUUCCACUCACCGAUCGGUCGCCGCAGAGCCCUCCGCCACGAUCAAUCGCCGCCGCCGCCGAGAUGACUAAAAUUAAAACGACAACUUCAUCAGCUUCCACUUCUACCAAAACUAACGGGAAAAUUGGCGUGCUAUUGAAUCAUGGUGAGACCAAGAAGAAGGCUGGAAGGAAGAAGACGGCGCGAAAAAUUAUAUCGAAAAUUGACGCCAUGAAACCUAAGAAACCUCCACCGGCUUUCUUCUAUUUCCUGCAGGAUUUUCGUAAGGAAUAUCAAGAGAUGAAUCCUGAUAUCAAGUCAAUGUGUCAUAUCGGGAAAGCAUGUGGGGAGAAGUGGAAUACGAUGACAUAUGAGGAAAAGGUGAAGUACUAUGAUAUCGCCACUGAAAAACGAGCAGAGUUUGAUAGGGCUAUGGUAAAAUUCACUAAAAGAAAGGAGAGUGGGGAUUUUGAUGAAGACGAGUCGGACCUUGAUGCCGACUCGGAUUUUGAUGGAUGAAACUGCUACACUAGGACAUGUUCUAAACCUUGCUGUCUAUUGCAUGAUUCAAGUGGUGGGAGUUGCCAUUAUGUACAUUUUUAGUUUGAACUGCGUCUUAAGCAUCUAUA